AUGAUUGCAGAGAGAACAAAGAAGGCCGAAGAGCUAUUGGGCAAGGACAGCAUCGAGCGGUGUGAGCUUCGCCAUGUCACAGGAUUGGAGAGAGGUGAAGAUGGACAUAUCUACCCAGGAUGGGGCUACUUUCUGAGCCGAGCACGGGGAGCAAGCGUACUGCCAAUGAUCCAGCAGGGAAAGCUCAUACACCUGAUAGAUUACUUUGGUGGUGGUGCGUACAGUCUAGUUGAUUGGGCGUACUUUGUCGACUUUCACCACGAAAAUAUGGAAGUAUGGGCUGCCUUUAUCCAAUGGGCAGACAAAUGUGAAUGGGCAUACUUUCUCGACUUUGAUCACGAAAAGAUGGAAAUCUGGGGUUACGGUCCACUUGUGAGAGAGGCGGGCUUUGAGUUGUUGCGAGAGGAUCCGAAGCAUAUAGACAAGACUUUCCGGCCUUACUGGAGUGAAGAUCAAGAAGACUAG